AUGUCUGAAAUCUCAAUCGAAUGGACGCAAGAUGACCUCGACAUGUUUCUUGCUGAUGUUGCGGUAUGUUCAGCGAUUCGGAGUGUCGAAAUAAACUGGUCUCCCGUUGUGCCCAAGGUGUCUCUCAUCGCACAGCUGAGACAUCUUGACAAAGCCAGGAUCGCGCUCUCCAUGCCGGUAGCCGAUGGGUUGCCCUUGCUCCGCAAGCUACACACUUCGCAGAUGCGAAACAUACACCUUCACAUCGAGGACCUCGAGCAUUGGGAAGACGGCCUGUCUCUGGACUACCGCCGGACUUGUCUGAACAACUCGGUCGAAUUAGAAUUGAAAGGCAAUGUGACGAAAUUCCCUCUCGCGCUUGUUCUGGAUAUAUUCUCUUCGAAACCCACGGAGAUCCAUAUGAUAUGCGACUUUCACCAUCCUGAUACUAGCAAGACCUCUUGGAUCUCCUGCAUGCAUGUGGAUCUCCUUCAUGCUACGCUGUCCCACUCCUUGAGUACGCUACGACUGAACAUUUCGUGUCACACAGAUAAUCCAUUCGAGAUUUCUUCCAUUCGUCCGCUCCUUCAGAUUGGCUGUAUGCGACAUCUCAAAUUUGAAAUCGACGCCCCGUGGUCUCUGUCAGAUGCCGAUGUUGAGGAGCUUGCAUAUGCAUGGCCUGAUAUUCAGACGCUCGAGCUCGGGCUGUACCAUGACAGCCUCCAGGGCGCGGGUGUUUUGCCGGUAGCUUGUCCGACUCUGCGAGCCCUAUCGUCAUUGGUCCAGCAUUGCCCCAAACUGGGCGAAAUCUACCUGCCUCUUCGUGCUUCUCGCUGCCCUUCAGAGGUCCCAUACAUACCGCAGAGCAAGCACAGAUCUGUCGUUUGCCUUACCUUGAGUGGUGGAGAGAUGAGGGGAAAUGAGGUGGAGGACGUAGCAUUUGCGCUGCACCGCCUCUUGCCUGUCGCGCAGCUUGACAUAGCGCAUGCGUUCAACGGAGACCUAUGGGAUGCCGUCUGGCAGGAAAAGCUUCGGUUUAAGCUUCAUGAGAAUGGAGCCAGAUUGUCCGGCAAACACAAAGCUCGAGUUCUUACAGGAUCUGAGAUUGAUAGUUCCGACGACGACUUCCCCGAGGUUGCACAGAUCGUGGGCGAAGCCCAACGCUCUUCCAGUCUAUCUCAAGGAGAGGUCUCAAGUGAAGGAGAGGAGAGCGGCGCGGGUGGCACAGAAGCGGAAGAGGAGCUUGAUGGAGACGAGUUGGAAUCAGAUAUGCCACGAGCUUCUCAAGCUAGCAAACGCCCCAAACCUUCUCCUUCCAUCGCCCCCCAGAAGAGCAAGACAAACAUUGCUCGUCCUAAAGGCAGAACCUCGAACAAGUCUUCGAACACGAAGAAAUCCCAGUCCAGUCGGCCUCGACCAGUGCCCCGAUCUCGACAUCAGCCAAGUAUGGUUGCCAGCACUCUGUGCGAUGAAUUAGAUGAUGAUGACCUUUACGCGAAAGAAGCACUAGGAGAUUCACAGGAAGCCUCGACGGCACCACAGAAAUGCAAAUUAAUUGAUACUGCAGGUUCUGGUAGUCCUGCACCGUCUAUCAACGCAAGGUAUAUUAUCUUUUUUCCUCAAUUGAUUGACCAGCUUUGA